CAAAAUGUUACAAAUGGCUACUUUAUGUUCGCCUUGUUAUGUCCCGUAUUUUAGUGUGAUUCAUUAAUAAAAAUGGUAAAAUAUGGACGUGAUCAAUGAAAUAUUAACAAUAUAUACUUGAAGAAAGAUUAUAUUUUACUACUAAGCAAGAAUAACGGAAACAGUGAUGUCUUUCGACAAGGCUUCAGAACUUAAAAGUAAAGAGAUCGAUAAAAUCAAACGUCGUCAUAAAACUGACGACACUGGUGUUGCAACAGCAUUAAGAGGCAACGAGGAUAUAUUAGAGUGCACAAAAAUGGAGAACGUUGACGAAAAUGCCGGGAAACCAACAGAAUUAUCUUUACAAGGCAGCUCUCAUCUCAUAUCUAGCACAACUAGCAGUCUGGCGGAUACGCCCGGUGAUUCUGGUGUUUUAUGUUUAGACAGCGAAGCUUCUGAGGCCACCAGUCAGGCUCUCAUGACUCAUAGUCUUGUAGGAGCGGAGGAAUUGACUUGCGACAGUAUUUACGAUGCAGCACCGUCUUGCUCACAAGAUAUGAUCAAGAGCACCAACAGUAGCAUCAUGACUCGCAGUGAUAUAGAUAAUCAAAAUAUUGGUGCUCCUGAUGAUAUUGUCCCUGAACUCUUGGUUGAGACCAAUAAGAAACCACUGUAUGAAAACUUACCAGAUGUUGUUUUAAAAGCAUUAGAAAGUGAAAAAGUUUGCUCAGAAGAAAUUAAAAAGUCUGCUUUGAGAACGUCAGAACCAAAAAAAUCAUUAUCAGAAGACAUUGUAUACAGAAGGAGAUGUCGUAAGAAGUCUCAAAGUGGACAGAGUUCACAGAAAAAAAGAGUUUCUUUUCACGAAGAUAUUUUAAAUAACACUAGAACAGAUAACAUUCAUAUUGAGAGGGGUUUUAUUUCUUAUGGACCAGAGAGUGCCUAUUGUGAUAAGUUCAGACAAAAAAAUGCUUUGAAUGACAGGUUCUCAUGGUGUGCUUCUGGAGACCGGACACCAAAGUAUGCUGCAGAUGUUGCUCAACAAACAAUGUCUGACAUACUCACAUAUGGGGAUUCAAAACAUGACAAAAGUGGAAUAUUUGAGUACUGCCCAAACUUUGAACAGGAUAACAAAGAUAGGGUAAAUAAUAAUGAUACUAAACAGACCGGCAAAUUAUAUGCAUGUGAUUCAAACAGUUCAGAUUCUAAUUUUAGUUGUGACUCUGAAUCGUCAUCCAGUGAUUCAACAUCGUCUAAUUCAAAUAAAACAGAAACAUUACCAGUUCAUAAGAAAACGGACAAAACACAGAAAUCUUACUCGUGUGAUGGUUUUGAAAACAGUGGGCAUGUGGCGUUUAUCAGAAAAACUUAUUUCUCUGAAGCCGAUAUCGAUCAGACACAUGAUCGUAAGAAUAAACCAUUGGAAGUCACUCAGAGUCCAAUAAGAGUGAAGUCAGUCCUUAAAAAGAAAAGGUACAUAACAACAAAUGUUGUAGAGGAGAGGAAACAUAACAAUAAGGUUUUGAGUUUAUUAGAUGCCAAUAAUAUAAUAGACUCCUUAAAGAAUUUUUACAAAAAUUUCAACUUUAAUUUUGCACCAGAGAAAGGAUUGCCAGAGACAAGUUUUGAGUUAAAUAAUGUUGUCGAAGCACUACCAUGUGAUGUAAAUCAAAAUAAAAAACUUUCAAAAAGCUUAGACUCCGGUUUUCAAAUCGAUGAUGAAGAUGACUUUGUUGAAAUUAAUUUAAAUCCUCAACCUGUGAGUGUAGAAAAGCCAAAAGAAAUUGUAUCAGGAUCAAAAAAUACAGUAGCAGGGGAUAGGACUCCUAAUGAGGGCUCCCCUAGACAUAAAUUGACCCUCAAUAUGAAAAGUCAAAUGGAUAAAAAGAUGGCCACCAAAAAAGAAGUACUUCCUCCGCUAAGUAAAUAUGUCGUAAAUUGUGAAAGUACAGUGUACGAGCAUAAAGGAGUGUCCUACAGUUACGUUCAUGAUACAUUCCAAACAGCUUUCGAAGCUCCGAAAGAAACAUUCGUCCCUAUCCCAGAAUCUACACCAGUUAAUGAGUUAGUACUGAGUGCAAGUAAACUAGACCUCAGUUCGAAACAAUCAGAGACAGAUAACUCAAGUAGGACAUCUACACCCAAAAGACAGUUCAACAAAAACAUUCAAGAAGAAACAGAUCAAAAGAAUGGGCUGCCGAAACAUUUGUCAUCGCCGAAAAAGCAGAACGUCAACAGAUACAGUCGAAAAUCUGCGUCAACGGUGCAAAAGAGUGACGAAACCCAGCAAGUAAUUAGCGAUAAUUGUUCCAACACCGACAACUCGACCUUGAAGGGUGCCGAGGAUUUCAAUGACGAAUUUUUCGACAGUCCCUCUAAUCAGAAGUUGCAAUCUAAUAAAUCGGUGUUACUCAACCGUUAUCUAAGAAAUGUGUGCCAGAAGAAGGACCUUGAGUUAAAAAUUAAAAAUAAUAAAUUUUUCCAAGUCAAAUUGAAAAUGGAGAAAGAGUUUCCGAGCAUCAUAUAUCCUUUCAAAGAUGUGUCGGAAACUUUUCACAUUUCCGCCGCAAGAAUGUCGCGUCUCAUCGACAAGGAAGUCAUCGAGAACAAAAGGCUUUCCGUGCGUCUCCUCACCGCUGACGAGCCAUCUUACUUUGACAGUUUCGAGGACAAUGUCGCUAUAGAAUGCAGUGAGAAAUUACGACUCCAAAUAUUUUCAUAUCCAAACGAAACAUUGAAUAGGAUGAUGAAGGUUCAGUCGCCAUACAACAUGGACGACGGUUCCUGGACGCCUCUCCUCGUGUUCAUAACGGACUACGCACUGUACGUGGCCAGCGUGAAGCUCGGGGGCACCGAAUACGAUAUACUGUGUCGACUACCCCACGACGAAUUGGAUGCGAUAGCGGUCGGUCCUGAAGCCCAUUACGUCCAAGUGAUCGACAUAGCUGGAAAUAUUGCUUGUUCCGUUGUAACGGGUGAAGCCUCCCUCGGGGCGAGGUUGGCGUCCUCAUUGGAAUGGAGCGCCAGAACGUCACCAUUACGCAUACAGCGCCCUCCAGCUGUGUUGCCGCUCAACUGCCGACACCUUGCCGUGGCGAUCGCCAGGCAGAGGCAUGAAAAGAGGGUGCCACCAAUACUCUUCUACGGCCGGGCGUGUUCGGGCGAAGCUGAAGAUAGACUUAUUGAAGCACCUGGAGCCUUCGCUCCACCACUAGAAGGCUACCUUAUGUGUAAGACUGAGAAAAGCAAGCGCUUCGAACCUUGCUACUUUCUACUUAGAGCGGGCGUUUUGCACUGGGGUCCGCACUCGCCGGACGGCACUCCGCUGCCGAACAACAUCGCGCUCCGGACCGUAGUGGGCGUGAGGCGCCACGUGGACGCGUCGCGCCGCCCGCACUGCUUCGAGAUAGCCAUGAGCGACUCCAGCAGGCUACUGCUGGCCGCCCCCGACGACCCCACGGCGUCUUCCUGGCUGCAGUCGCUACUGUUGCACGCUGCUCAGGCACUCGAAGAGAAGGACGGGUCGAAGAAGAGGCCUCGCGCCGGUCCGCCGCCCGCCUGCACACUGCUGGUGACGGCGCACGAGGUCCUGAGCGUGCGCGACUCGCUCGACCUCGCCUUCGUGCCCGGCGCCGCCGCCUACCUGCGCGAGCGCGGCCGCGACGCGCUGCUGCGAGAGUAUAUUGAAGACAUGAGGACAGAUGUCGAGAUUCUAGCAUGCGGCUCAAUCAAGAAUUUAACAGCUUUCAAAAUUCCUGAUACUGACGAGAAUUGGUGUUGUUUGGAGUGGAGCGUGUGCGAGGCGCGCGAGCGCGGCGCGGGGCUGGCGCUGGUGCUGCCCAGCGGAGCCGAGCUCGAGCGGCUCAUACAGGCGCUGGAGCUCGCGCACAGGAGCCUCACGAAUGAACCAUUCCCGCUCAGUGUGGUAGAAGCAUCGAAGUCAGCCUGCAGUGCCGCACACGCUAAAUACGAAACUGCAUGGUCACAUAUGCUACCCCAACAGUGAAAAUAUCCAGUCUGAUUCAGUCAUCUCAGCCUGAGGCAGUGGCCUCAGUCUGAGUUAGUCACCUCAAUCUGAGUCAGUGGUCUCAGUAAUAGUCCAAUGAUAAGUUAAACUAGUUUUUUUUCGGCUUUACGUUUAUCGCGCUGGUAUGCUUUGUGAUAUAUAGUGAUAUUGUAUUUAAUCAAAAUAUUAGAAAACAUCUGUUACAUUAUGCAUUUAAAAGUCAAGUAUAUAUUGCAUAUAUAAACAUAUUAUGUAUAGCAUAAUUGGUUAUAUAAUAAGAAUGCUUCUAGUUCAAGUAUUUGUUAUAUCAAUAUUUUCAUAAUAAACAUAGUACCAUCCUGAGUCACAAUAAUUCAAAA